GUCGAGAUCGUCGAUCGUUGUCAUUGAACACGCUCGAAGCACAGACGUCCAGCAACGGUCCAGCUGAGCGGACGGUCGUAGUUCAAGGUAUUAGCAUUAUGUUCCCGCUGCUGAAUCAUUCGGUCAUCGUGGUGUGCCGUUGCUGCCUGGUGGAACAGCCGGAGCACUGCCACAGCAUUGGCGACAAUGAUCAACUGCUUAGCCAGCUGCUCACGCUGUCGCCCACUCUGCAGAUCGUGCCCAGCGAUGUCAUCUGUCAGCUCUGCCUGCAUCGACUCCAUGACGCCCUCGACUUUCGACAGCGCUGCGAGGAAUCGGAGCGCAUUCUACGCGCCCGGAACGAGCAGGCCCUGGACGAUGCUCUCGAGUGCCUCGAGCGGGAGGUUGGAUGCCUGGAGCAAGCUAAAUCCAUGUCCUUGUCCUCGUCCAUGUCCAUGCCUAUGUCUGUGUCAUCGCUGCCGGAGCCGGUUGACUUUGGAUCACUAGAUCUGUCGGAUUUGUUUCGUGGCAAUCAGGAGCAGCCGAACAUAAUGAUUGCCACCUGGGACGCUGACACCCUAAACACACCUAUCCAUUUGCCAGGUGACCUGGAACCAUUGAAGCCCGCCGAAGAAGAAAGUGCAGUCGAGUGCGCGAAAGAGGGACAGAAUUGUACGGCAGGUCUAGCUGUGCCGCCCAAGCGAAAGAGGGCGCCUCGCAAGGCAGCGGCCAAAUCAGGAGACAGUGCGAAAGGAGAGCGCAGCAGGACGCCAAAGUCGCUAUGUCCGUGCACUGAGUGCGAGAAGAAGUUCACGCGUAACUUUCAACUGAAGCUGCACAUGAUAUCGGUGCAUGGGCUGGGCGAUGGGCUGCGCUACAAGUGCGAGGUGUGCGCGAAGAGCUUCGCAUCGCGGCACAGCCUGCGCUAUCAUUUCACAUCGCUGCACUCCACCGAGCGACCGUUUGUCUGCGAGCUGUGCGAUCGACGGUUCGUGCUGCGCACCCAACUGAUCUCGCAUGCCCGUAUGCACACGGGCGAAACGAAGCCGCGCAUCUUCGACUGCACCGUGUGCGGCAAGACGUGGCCAACGAAAUCGGAUCUGCGCACCCAUAUGCGCUCCCACGAUCCGGACAUGUCCAAGCGACCCUACAAGUGUGAUAAGUGCAACAAGGCCUUCUUCACGCGGGGCCACCUGAACUCUCACCACCUGGUGCACACCGGCGAAAAGCCCUACGCCUGCACCUACUGCGACAAGUCCUACCAGAGCGUUGGCAAUCUAAACAAUCACACAUUGAGGCAGCACUCGAGUCUGAUUGAGACGCAGAUGAAUCUGAAGUACGGCGACCUUGAGAGCUAAGCUCGUUGCCAUUAGUUUCCCUUUAAAAAACAAUCAUGUUUCCUCCUACUAGAAACUCAGCUAUUGUCUAAGGAAUCGUACAUCAUAGUUUCUACAUAAUAAUUAGAAUUUGAACUUAUUUUGCAACUAUAUUUUGUUAAUUGAAAUCUGUGAACUUUGACAAGUGAUGCAAUUUGUAACUAUCUGUCUGUAGGCCGGGUAGAAGUAUUAGAUUUUUCAACACAAACAUGCAAAUAAUAUUUA